CCAAGCCAUUGUCGUAACACUCCUGCAUCACAGGGUUUGGUUCCUUUUGAGAAGCUUCAUCCAUGGAGACACCUAAUAACACUGCCUUUGAGCUCGUCGUAAAGCAAGGAGAGCCAACUCUGGUUCCUCCGGCGGAGGAGACAGAGAAGGGUCUGUACUUACUCUCCAACCUCGACCAGAACAUCGCGGUGAUCGUUCGCACCAUUUACUGCUUCAAAUCGGAGGAGAAAGGGAAUGAAAAAGCUGUGGAAGUGAUAAAGGAGGCCUUGUCUAAAGUUCUUGUUCAUUAUUACCCUCUUGCAGGGAGGCUUACGAUAAGCUCGGAAGGGAAGCUUAUAGUGGAUUGCAGUGGGGAAGGUGCUGUGUUUGUUGAGGCUGAAGCAAACUGUAGGAUGGAAGAGAUAGGUGACAAUACAAAGCCUGAUCCUGUAACUCUUGGGAAGCUGGUUUAUGACAUUCCUGCGGCUAAGAACAUACUUGAGAUUCCUCCUCUGAUGGCCCAGGUGACAAAGUUCAAAUGUGGAGGGUUUGUUCUUGGGCUAUGCACGAACCACUGUAUGUUUGAUGGGCUUGGUGCUAUGGAAUUUGUGAACUCAUGGGGUCAAACUGCCAGAGGCUUGCCUCUGCCAGUCCCUCCAUAUGUAGACAGAAGCAUUCUCAAAGCCAGAAACCCACCAAAGAUAGAGUUCCCACACCAUGAAUUUGCAGAGAUUGAAGACAUAUCAAACACUGCCAAUCUCUACCAAGAAGAAAUGCUCUACAGGUUGUUCUGUUUCGACCCCGAAAAACUUGAAAAACUCAAGAUCAAAGCCAUGGAAGAUGGGACUCUACCCAAGUGCACCACUUUUGAAGCCCUGUCAGCCUUUGUUUGGAGAGCUAGAAGCCAGGCACUGAACUUGAAGCCUGAGCAACAAACAAAACUCCUCUUUGCUGUUGAUGGAAGGCCUAGAUUCAACCCACCUCUCCCAGAAGGGUACUUUGGCAAUGGAAUUGUGUUAACCAAUUCAAUCUGCAGCGCGGGUGAGCUUACUGAAAACCCUCUAUCGUUCACAGUGAAAUUAGUCCAGGAUGCGGUCAAAUUGGUGACUGACGAUUACAUGAGAUCCGCCGUUGAUUAUUUUGAAGUUACAAGAGCUAGGCCUUCUUUAUCAGCAACUCUUCUGAUUACUACAUGGUCUAGGCUAUCUUUUCACACCACUGACUUUGGUUGGGGUGAGCCUGUUCUAUCAGGGCCCGUGGCUUUGCCUGAAAAAGAAGUGAUUUUGUUCCUGUCUCAUGGAAAAGAGAGGAAAAGCAUCAAUGUGCUUCUGGGAUUGCCAGCUCCUGCCAUGAAGAUUUUUGAAGAGCUUAUGCAGAUAUAAAAGAAAAGUUUGGGGGCUGUUUGUUAAAAUAUAUAUAUAUAUAUAUAUA